AUGAUGCACUUGCACUCAUCCGCCAUAAACCGGGAAGAUGAACGAGCCCCGCCUGCUCAAGAAAGCUCAGAGCCUGAGGCGAACCCCCCAACAUCAGCAUUCCAACUCGCAAUUGCGAUGCAUCCUACUCGCGAACUAGCCAAGUCUGCACUCUUUCAGAUUCGCCAUGAGACGCUUCCAAAGGAGCAACAAAUAGCUCUGUCGUAUUCGCGCGCUAAAGCUAUUGUCCAGGCCUAUGGAAUUACCGCGAAAGACCUUCUCAAGUUCUCGCCCAAGUUCUGGCAGCUCCACACAGACCCGAUAUCCACUAUGGAUGGGGCGGCUGCUACCCUGUGCACAAUCCAAUUGAACCUGUGCGCGGGAACUUUGGCCCGCGUUUCCAUCCAGCAUCCUACCCCAGAAGUCAUCGAUACCCUCAACAAGGUUUUGACUUUCGAAUAUUGUGGACAGUUCUGCUUGACAGAAGUUGGGCAUGGUCUCGAUGCCAUCCAUCUGGAGACCACGGCCACCCUGCUCGAAGACGGAACUUUUGAGCUCCACAGUCCGACGGAGAAAGCUGCCAAAUACAUGGCCCCGACAAAGCCCAUGGGUGACCCUGCUGUCGCGAUCGUCUUUGCCCGCACAAUUGUUAAGGAUGAAGAUCAUGGAAUCAAGCCUUUCCUCGUUCCUCUCAAUGACGGCUAUACCAUGCACCCGGGAGUAACCUGCAAGUGCCUGCCCCAUCGAGGAGGCUCUCGUCCCAUCAACCACUCCAUCACCUCCUUCAACGAAGUUAAACUCCCUUACUCUUCCCUACUUUGCGGGAUCGAGAAGCCCGAGAAUCCUCGGGAGGCGUUCUUGCAGCAUAUUUCUGCGGUCGGCGUCGGCACACUCGCCAUCGGUUCCCUGGGCGUGCCGGCUCUCCAGGUCGCCUCCUACAUCUGUGGAAAAUACAGCUUGCGUCGUAUGUAUACCGACGCCGCGACCGGCAAACUCACGCCCAUCAUCGGCUUCCGCACGCAGAAGAUCCCCGUCUUAACCGCGCUGGCGCAGGCCUUCGUCAUGAAGGCGCUCCACGAGACCGCUGUUCCCGCCUUCCUGACCACCAAGGACCCCCGCGUCUCCCAUGGCAUCGGGACGAUUGUAAAGACGGUGAUGAUGCAGCACGCCCUAGCCGCCAAUCUUACCCUUGCCGAUCGGUGUGGCGCGCAAGGCCUUUUCGAGUCGAAUCAGAUCACUGCCGUUUUCUAUGACAUUCGAGGUAUCGCCAUUGCCGAAGGGGAUAUUUUGGCCCUUUCUAUCAGGCUCGCGUCCGAGCUUCUCUUGAGGCGCUACCAACUUCCUCCUGCCGACGAUCCCGACAGCAUCCUCGCAAAGCAUGAGAAAGGUCUGUUCGAGGAACACUCCGCUAUGCUCAAGACCAUCGGCAAACACAGGUCCUCCGAUUUUGACCGCUACAUCCUCCCCGAGUGCCUGCCGCUCGUCCAGGCCAUCGGGCAGAGAAUGGCGUACGACGCCGCCGUCCGCCAGAAGCUUGACAAGACCAUCAUCGACAUGUACGUCGCGAGCUGCAUCAAGCUCGACCCGUCCUGGUACAUUGAGAAGAUGUCCAUGUCUCGCUCGGCUAUGCGCGAGAUGGAGGUGCGCGCAGUCGACUGUAUGUUCCCCCGUAUUGACGAGCUCCUGGACGAGUUAAACGUAGAGCCUUACAUCACCGCGCCCAUUUCGUCGGAGAAGAAGUGGAAGGCCUUCCUUUCUAGCGUCGAGCCAUAUCGUUAG